AUGCGUUUGUCACUCCGUUUCAUGAUGACUCAAGCAGUUCAAACAUACGAUUAUCUUGUAAUCGGUGGAGGUUCCGGUGGUCUUGCUAGCGCUCGUAGAGCUGCACUACUUGGCGCCAAAGCUGCCGUUAUCGAACAUGGAAGACUUGGGGGAACAUGCGUAAGUAAACUUUAUCAGCCAUCUUUCAGAGCUACUGAUACUAAAGCGAGAUCUGUUUGUUCUGCGGAGCUGGUCCUACGGCAGUGAUAUUGGCCCGGUUUACGCCCAUAAGUUGGCAGAGAUUUCAUCGAUUUUCCAGAGAAUUUUGUCUGAAUGUUGCCUUCCUCUUCGUUUGAUUACAUUUGUCACCCAUCAACAGGGAGGCAUCAAAUUUUGGCAUAAAAGGUGUAAUAUUUCAGUCAGAGGUGUGAAAAAGUCAUGAAGCCUUGACAGCAUCAAAAUAGGCGAGGAUUGCCUUUUGAAUUUUAUUUUUUGCUUCCCACAAAUUCGCAUGUUAUCAAGAUCAGAUGCGCUGAUAGCGUUUACUUUUUUCCAAAACUAAAUACUACAUUAUUAGAUCGAGAGAUGAGUACAGUACGGUUGCAGUAGUUCGUGUUUAUUAACUUGAUGUGCAAUCUUUUUAAUGUGCGGUGAAUGAAAGGCAAAGAUCAGUAGGUUUUAAACCAUUGAUUUGCAAUUUAAACUGACCGCUCAGAAUAUCCAAAAGAGACAAAAUGAGAAGGAAACAACGUGACAUAGCAUUAAAUUAACAUUAAUUUAUUAAAGAAAUAUAUUGCACAGUCAUUGUAGACAACAUAUUCAUCCAUUAUAAAUAAUUGUCACACUUGUCAACCACUUAAUGUUGUCAGUACUUUUACUGAUCCGUUGGGUGGGUGGGGGAGGUAAUCCCACAUGAUUUAUCUAGAGGGGGGCCUGAGUGCCCAUGACCCCCUUUUGCGAGAAGCAUCUCUUUUUCUAGCAAGUUGAUAUACAAGCCAAAAUCCACAAAACAGUCCUUAAAUUCACUGCAUUUGAGUGAAGGAAUCUUAGCCAUCUUAUUUCCUAAUUUUAUUUAAAACUAUUGAGUGAAAGUUCACUUUGUUGAAAUUUAAGUCAUCACAUUAAGGGCCCGUGUACAUGGAGGUGGGGAACCCCAGGCAGGGGGUAACCUGCCUGUCCAUAUCUCUCAUUUUAAUUUGAUCAUGUUUACAUGAUUAUAUGGACAGGCGAAUAACCCACCUAAGCAUGUUACCUAAUCUUCCUAACACAUUCCUGUCCAUUUCUUCUUUUUUACCAGGUUAAUGUAGGAUGUGUUCCCAAGAAGGUUAGUGAUUCUUCUGGAUGAUCACCAUCCAGCAGUAAUGUUAGGGACGGUUCAUUAUUUAUGGGAAUGACCGGGUUGGGAAAAAACCGAACGGGCUUUGAAAAUUUUUCUUGCCGUGGCAACGGGCUUUGUGUUUUUUUCUUGAACAAAGAGACCGGGCUUUAAAAAAAUCAACAUAAACUAAAACUGUGGUAGAAACGCGGCAGUCGUUUGAUGAGAACAACACAUGGAAACUGUAUUCGUCAUUGAAAAUUCACCGGGUAAAUUGUGGUACUUUCAUAUCAAAUAAAUAUUGCUACAAUAUUUUUGGUAAUGCAGGGAUAUACCCUCAAGAAAAAGCUCGCGCUUUGCGAUCAAACACUCGAGAAUUUUGACAGGCCACGGAAUGACACAAAUGUACUUUGUGAGCUGCUCUUUUAUAGUUGUUUAUAUUCCUUGACAUUUCAGAGCUUGUAAUCAAAUUAGAAUUUCAAAUGAUGCACGGACAAGGAUUUUACUCAAAGUGAACUCCAACGGUUGGAAUAUUAAAUCUUCGGACUCCGCCAGACUGUACACAAGAAAACAAAAUGUUUUGAUCGAGGAUCUCAAGUUGCAACUCCUACUGAAUUGAAAAUAUUUUUUCUGCACGCACCACAGUGCUCUCCUUGCUGAAAAAAUUGAAGCUGACACCUUUUUUUUCAACAAGAGUAAUCUUAAGGAAUGCCAAUCUGCGACUCAGAAUAAGAAAUCGUGUGUCCCUGGAAGUGCGUACAUUAAAAAAAUUCUACGAUUCAUCGAUUCCCAUUACAAAAUUGGUGAGCUCUUUAUGGAGUACUUGUACGGUGACCAUUCUACAGCCAUCACUGAACGUUGUUCAUUUUGUUCUAACAAAGGAUGGACAAGUCCAGUGCCCAUGAAACGUAUUCCCCAGCCUGUGCCAGAUCCUGAAAAUCCUACCCAUUUUAAAUCGGUCAAUGACACACCAACUACCACAGAAAACGGGCAGCCUCGAGUGCCCGAUGAUUUUCAGCCACAUGCAAACAUAAAGAAAAUGUUUAGUGACGGCAUGUUAACAACGGAAGAAGAGCAGUUUUCGGAGAAAUUUGCCGUGGAGCCGCACUUGAUCAAGGCAUACAUUGCCUAUUUAGAAGAUCUUAAAAUACAAAGCGGCAUUAGAACAAGGGGGCACGCAGAACAAAAGCGUAAAAUGAUGUCCAAAACGUUUGAAGAAAAUGUCUGGCGCGAUCUCGUAGAGUCUGGAGAUUUAAAAAAGUUGCUUGUAUCUGAGCUGAAUAAAUACCUUAAACAUUACAAACUCGUAAGCAGCGGCACCAAAGCUGAAAAGAUACGGAGAGUCUCGUUGCAUGUGCUUCGCGGGAACCAUGGUCAACAGGAAGAUGCGAAUGAGUUUACUGACCAGGAGACAAAGGAAUGUGGAACGGAAGAUGACAGCGAGGAAAUUGACAGCUCAGGGAACGAUGAAAGUGAGGAGGAUAUUGUGUUCAAAGAUAUAUUUAGGACUUUUUCACUUAUUUGGCAAACAAUGAAACGCCUCAAGCUGGAUGGCAUUUGUUAACGUGCACUUUUCACAGAUGUUAAUAAAUUAUUGUUUGUAAUCGCUGAACUCGUUUGAUAGCCGUUUGCUGACUUGAACGGCUAACAGCUGUGUAUUUGAUCUGAACAUGCACUAGUUGCUCUAGUCUUAAAUAAACAUUGAAUGAUUUUCACAAGGUACUCACUUCAAUUUGAACAGGCUUUUGAAAAAUUUGACCCCAAAUACUGAACGGGCUAUGAAAAAACAAAAUGCCUUUUGGGCGGGCUUUAGAAAGAAAGAGGAAAGCUAUAAUUUUUUUCCCAACCCGGUCAUCCUCAUAAAUAAUGAACCGUCCCUUAGUUUAUUCUUAACUUAUUAAAUACUCUGCAAAUGAAGGAAACAAUGCUUUCAUUUAUAUUCUAAGCAGACCUCUCAGGGAAAUUAUCCACUUAUAAAUAAACUGGCCCUGGUUGUUCAAAUGUUGGAUAAAUCAUAAUGCAAUUCACCAGAUAAAUAACUAUCCAGCAUAAAGUAUUAGGGAACCCAAUUGCGUUAUCGACUGGAUAGAGAUUUACCCACUGGAGAGCGCUAACCACUUUACGAACAACUCGGCCCUGGAGUACAUCAAGCUAUGAUAACUGGUUGUCACAUCCUUCUUCAGACAGACCUAACUGUAGCAAACAUGAAUAUAUUAAUAGAUUUUUGAAUACUUGUCACAACUCUCUUCCUCGUGAAUUUUUUUUAUCAUAAAAAUAAUAACGCACCCUCCUGGUGCAAUAUUGCUCUACAUAUUAAUGUCAUUAUCUUUUGCUUCCCUGUAGGUGAUGUUUAACACUGCCGUGCAUGCUGAAUAUAUCCAUGAUCAUGCGGAUUAUGGGUUUGAUGUCACUCUGAACAACUUCUCUUGGGAGUAAGCAUAUAUUUUGUUCUCAAAUCCAUCAGCAGCAGCUGACUAAAAAUUUUUCAAUGUACUAAACAUUCUUAAUGAGAAAAGUGUGUAAUAUUAUGGUUUUUAUUAUAGGUCAGUGAAAAAUUCAAGAGAUGCUUAUGUCAAGAGACUAAAUGGCAUUUAUGAAAACAAUUUGCAAAAGGUAAUACUUUCUAUUGUAAAUUAAAAUAUUGAUUAGAAUAUUAUAGUUUUAGUGUUUUUCUUGGUAAGAGAAUUUGCAGCCAAAUAAUUNCAGGGAAAUUAUCCACUUAUAAAUAAACUGGCCCUGGUUGUUCAAAUGUUGGAUAAAUCAUAAUGCAAUUCACCAGAUAAAUAACUAUCCAGCAUAAAGUAUUAGGGAACCCAAUUGCGUUAUCGACUGGAUAGAGAUUUACCCACUGGAGAGCGCUAACCACUUUACGAACAACUCGGCCCUGGAGUACAUCAAGCUAUGAUAACUGGUUGUCACAUCCUUCUUCAGACAGACCUAACUGUAGCAAACAUGAAUAUAUUAAUAGAUUUUUGAAUACUUGUCACAACUCUCUUCCUCGUGAAUUUUUUUUAUCAUAAAAAUAAUAACGCACCCUCCUGGUGCAAUAUUGCUCUACAUAUUAAUGUCAUUAUCUUUUGCUUCCCUGUAGGUGAUGUUUAACACUGCCGUGCAUGCUGAAUAUAUCCAUGAUCAUGCGGAUUAUGGGUUUGAUGUCACUCUGAACAACUUCUCUUGGGAGUAAGCAUAUAUUUUGUUCUCAAAUCCAUCAGCAGCAGCUGACUAAAAAUUUUUCAAUGUACUAAACAUUCUUAAUGAGAAAAGUGUGUAAUAUUAUGGUUUUUAUUAUAGGUCAGUGAAAAAUUCAAGAGAUGCUUAUGUCAAGAGACUAAAUGGCAUUUAUGAAAACAAUUUGCAAAAGGUAAUACUUUCUAUUGUAAAUUAAAAUAUUGAUUAGAAUAUUAUAGUUUUAGUGUUUUUCUUGGUAAGAGAAUUUGCAGCCAAAUAAUUAGGAGGAGUUAAAAAAGCUCUUUUAAAAAAUUUGGACUUCACUGUUACAGUAACCUUUGAUCGAUUGAUUGAUUGAUUGAUUGAUUGAUUGAUUGAUUGAUUGAUUGAUUUUACUAUAACUUGGAAGAGUUUAAUUGGUUUUUACUGUACAUUAAUUUUAAAGGACAAGGUGGAGUAUAUUGUUGGCCAUGCAGUGUUCACACCAGAGGGAAGUGUUAAAGUUGGUGACAAUGUGUACAGUGCCAAACACAUUCUGAUUGCUUGCGGAGGGCGACCAACCGUACCCAAUUUUCAAGGUGAGACAUGAGGAUAACCAAUGCAAAAUUUGUGUUAGUUUAAUAAUAAUUUGUUAUAUGAUAAUAUUAUCAGCAUUUUGCACAAAUUCUCAGUGAUUGUGAAAGAAAAAACUGCUAAGCUGACAUUUACUAGUUGAAUAACAAACCACAUUCCUGCAUUUCAUAAGAUCAAGGUCAAAUGUUAAUUUUAAUAAGCUUAAUCACAAGAUUGCAUAAUUUUGUGCAAAAUACAGAAGCUUAAUCUGGAUAAAUCAAGCAUUGGCUUAUUUUUGACUUUUUUCUUUACUGAAUAGUUUCACCAGAAAAAAAAAAUAAUUAAAGAAGCACAAAAAUCCAUCAACUCUGCCUGUUCACAUACACCCUGUAGAUAGCAAUUACCUUUGAUGAACCUGCAGUUUGCUCAAUUUAUUCCCAACAGGCUGCCAGUAUGGUAUCACCAGUGAUGGCUUCUUUGAAUUAGAGGAUCUUCCAAAGUACGUAGCUGUCAGUGAUGUGAUGAUCCUUGAUUAUUAAAUUGUCUAGAUGGUUCUCCAUGAAUUUUCAGGCUUAGUGUCUUCCUCUGGUACCCUGGAACUCAACUCUUAACCCGCAAAAAAACAUGAUGAAAUGCAUCUUAGACUAGUCCAAGGACCAAACUAUUAACUAUAAACUAGACUGGAACUAGUACUCUCCCCAAUCUUCCACUGCAGCUACAGGCUUUUUCCCCCAAAAUCAUACCCAUUCUGUGCUUCUUUUUUUAACAAGUGGUACUUUUUUUAUAUUUAAUUAUUUUACCAUCAGGAAAGUAGCCGUCAUCGGAGCAGGGUAUAUAGCAGUGGAGCUUGCGGGAAUAUUGAAUGCUCUUGGUUCUAAGGUCUCAUCACUAAUCAGAUAUGAUAAGGUAACCAUUUGACAACUGUACACUACUAUAUGUAAAUAUACUACCCUGUUUAAUAUGAUCACUAAUGGACCGUUAAAAUUAAGGCUUAUUAACAAGGUGUCAUAUUAGCGAAGAGGCGUCAUAUUUCAUGGCUAGCUUCUUUUCUCUCUUAAAAUUUUAAGGGUGCCAGUGCAUUGCUAAUUCAUUGUUGACUUUAUGAAAGGACUGUUUAUCUUCAAAGUGACUAAUAUGUAGUUACCAAUGCUAAUAAAAUUCUAAUUUCAUUUGUCACUUGUCUGUCCUUUGAAAAUAUGCACACUUGGUUUGAUUGGCUGUAUUAAAGUGGUGCAGGGUUGGCACACACCUUGAAAGUCCUUGGAAAAAUCAAGGCCUUGAAAAUCUUUGGAAAUUGCAGUUGACGUGCUGGAAAGUCCUUGAAUUUCGGUGCUAACUUUAUCCAUCCCAGAUUCUCAAGUGCCUAAUAUGAAAAUCAAAUUACUGAUGUUGUGGAAGAACUAAAAAGACUUAGUGGACUCCAGGUUCUUUUUUGCACUGAAUAGAGUCUUUGAAAAAUGGGAAAGGUGUCCUUGAAAGUCCUUGAAUUUUUUUGUUCAAAAAAGAGUACAAACCGUGGUGGUGAAUUUGUGGAGAAAUGUGUACGUGGGAAUUUGAUGUUAAUGUGGCUGUUGGCUGUGUUAAUGAGGUUUUCUUUUAAACAAAGUGGCCGUAUGGCACUUUUAAAGUCUUAGAUGCCAUUUUUGCUGGUUUGUACCGUUAUGAAACUAUGCCAUACUUUUUACCAUCUAAAACGUCUCACGUAAAUUAAUCCUGUAACUCGCUCCUCUGAUCAGACUCCAUUAGCUAUUUCUUUUUAAGCAGUUAGUUCUGCUUUGUUUACAGUUACCACUUGUUUCGCCAACCAAAUACAGAAGUGCAGAAUAAAUUAAAGAUCAAACUCAUUAUGAUAUGCCGCUUUGCUUUAUGCGACAGGUUCUUCGAACUUUUGACUCGAUGCUAAGUGAAGGAGUCACCAAUGAGAUGGUUAAAGCUGGAAUUGACCUGCAUACUCACACAACUGUACGUGAAGCAAUAGCACGUACGACAGGCAUUUCCGGGGACGCUCAAGUGGUUUGGGGUGUAAGUGCGAAGCGCGAGACACGGAAGUAAAAGGCAACGGAAAAAUUACCUUUUUCCGUCUCUCGUGCUUUGCGCUUUGCGCCCUAAUAUUUUCCUGAGUGUCCCCAAUGAUGCCUGUCGUGUCAAUGCUUUUUUGCGCAUUUGCGUGUAUCUACUACCUUUGAGAAAACAAUUCGUAGUCAAGCGCUCAUUUUGUUGUUCUUGUCCAUUUUUAAAAUGGGCAUGGCUCAUCACGAGACUUCAGCCUUCGUGAAUCGUACUAUAUCGUAAAAGAAACUUGGCGUCUAUUUUUGUUAUGGUUAUAAAGUGGAUUGUUAUAAAGCUUAGAAGGUCUUUUACAGACCCACAUAACGUUUAUAAUCGUUCGUUUCGUAUCGUUUCUAAACUUCGUGUGGAGUGGCGUUUCACGUGCGCAUAAAUACUGAGCUUGGUCUGCCUGUGGUUGAUCUCUUGGAAGACGGAAAAUUGCCUGGGCGACUGAAAGCUUGUUAUUUGCUCCACUUCCGGGAAUCACCCUUCUCUCUAAGUUUUUCUCUUUAAUUCAAAACUGGAUUGUUUUAAUUGUGGUUGAUAUUUCCUUCCAGAUGGAAGAGAUCACAAAAGACAGCGCCAGUGGUCUAAUGACGCUACACACAUUGAAGAACAAAAAAGACAAGGUUGCCUUAUCUGGGUAUGACUGCGUCAUAUUAGCUAUCGGGAGAGUUCCAAACACUGACACUCUCAGUUUAGAUGGUCUGGUAAGUUGAAAGACUUAUAAAUAGGAAAAUAAUGGCCGAUUCUCAGAGGUGUUCUUAUGAUCAUGAAAUGUUAACCAAAUUUAGGACUUAUCUGGUCAUGGAAUUGACUGAGGCUAUGUUUGCUUCUUUAUAGCGGAUAGCUUUUGCGACGGCACAAAAACCAUACCGGAUAGGCGCGAAUUUUGUAACGGAGCGACGCUACACCGCGCCGAUCUCCAGAGUGGGGAGUCACUUAUCGGAUAGGUGUUCAUACUCUGAUACUGGAUAGCUUUUCAUGUCGGCUCGAAAAACUAUCCAGCACAGUGUGAAUCUUUCUUUGUUAACUUACAUAAUUUAGUGUCAAUAAUUAAAAAAACUUUUUACUAUUUUGUUUUGCCUCUUUGAAGGGUUCAGGGCUCUAGUUUUUGAUAAAAUUAAACAAAACCACGAUAUAUCGUCAAAACAUUAGGAACCUUAAGAUCCGACGACGGUGACCGUAACGAGAACGUCACAAAACCAAUAGGUUUGAUAACCAAAACUACAAUUUGCUCGGGUAUCACGCUAUUUUGCACAUUUCUUUGCCGUCACUGCUAGCACGACUACGACGUGAAAAUGCCUAAUUUCACGUUGUACAGAGGAAGUUCACAAGCGACUACGAAAUUUCCUCCCUCUUUCUGAAUUUGAAUAUGGUUGUUAGGAAUUCAGCUUCAGAAGGGUUCAGCUACAUUUGACAAAGUUAGUGACUUGGAGUAAUCGCGAUGAAGAUUGAAAGAACGUGAAUUCACUUUUUCAGCGACGUUUUUUCUGCCGUCGCCAUCCUCGGAUCUUAGGUCCCUAUUGAGUUGGACGACACGACGCCCUAUUACCAUCACAAGUCACACUCACUUUUGAUUCUCUUCUCUUGUAGGGCAUAAAUCUGGACAAAAAGGGACAUAUCUUGGUUGACGAGGUAUGUCUAUGAACUCACCAGUCUUAAAUUUUGCCCUAAACCUAGCUAAAACCAAAGAAAGUUAUUUUGCUUACAGUGUAAAAGCCCUGUCCGUGAGUUAUUAGCCUGCGCCACAGACGAAACUUUCUAACUCUGGUAAAAUUACGUCUGCGAUGCAGGUUAUGAGUUAUCCGGUAGUCAUACUGUUCUUUUUUUUUCAGUUCCAAAACACGUCAAAACCCGGUGUCUAUGCAUUGGGAGAUGUAUGUGGAAGGGCUUUACUCACGCCUGUGGCAAUCGCAGCGGGAAGGAAAUUAGCUCACAGAUUGUUCGACGGCAAGACAGAUUGGAAGUUGGAUUAUGACAAUAUUCCAACUGUCGUAUUCAGUCAUCCACCAUUAGGAACUGUUGGACUAACACAAGGUACCGCGAUAUUUAGCUUGCGUGCCGGGCAGGCGUUCGAAAACAAAGGGAUUGGUGAAUUCGAGCUCGCGAGAAGCGCGAAGGGCGCGCGAGGGGGAAUUAGAAUUCUGUUGCAGCCCAAAUCUUGGCCACAUGAGAAGCGGAACAAACUUCCACAGUGAUACGUAAAAACUUUGAGAAAUUUUUGGGCGACUAGGAAAUCUUAUUUUUUCAUAAAAACCACAUGAUGGGCACCCUGGAUUUCACAGGUUAAGAACAGCCUGGCAUACAAAUUUAGAUAAACUUUGAAAAAGAUCUAGUAAACGUCUUUUCCGUUUACCCGAAUGCGCUGCGUUGCAAAUCCUCCUAGUUCAUGUCCAUUUAUUUAUUUAUUUUCUUUUUUUGUUUACUUCAGAGGAAGCCGAAGAGAAAUACGGGAAAGAUAAAAUAAAGGUUUACAAAACAUCUUUCACCAACAUGUAUCACGCACUUACAAAGCGCAAAACGGGAACACUGAUGAAGCUUGUUUGCCUUCUACCGGAAGAAAAGGUGAGGCGAAAUGUAUAACAUCUUUUUUGAUAUUUUUUGGUCUUCCUUGACAGUGAAAACUUGUUCGUGUGAGUCAGGCUUUCACUGGUUGCUUGUUUUUGUUGUGGUUGUUGUUUGUUUUCAUAAUUUCCAGUUGCACGUGCAAAUCGUGUUGCUCUGUCAUCCACGUGCAAAUUGCACGUGCAUAUUGUUGCGUGCAAAACGUGCAUAUUGGUUUGACAAACCUGCAUGUAAGGAUUGUUUUUCAGGUUUCCUUCAUACAAAUGUUUUCAUUUUUCAUCAUUUCUCUUCUUUUCCCUCAGGUCAUUGGACUGCACAUUUUGGGAAUAGGCUGCGAUGAAAUGCUGCAGGGCUUUUCCGUAGCGGUUAAAAUGGGAGCAACAAAGAAAGAUUUUGAUGCUACUGUGGCGAUUCACCCUACAUCCUCUGAAGAACUGGUUACAAUGCGCUGAUUCGAUUUAGCAUAACAGUGGAACCUAGAUAUAACGUUAGGCCUUGGGACGUGCAAAUCUGUUCGCUUGUACGAGGUUUCGUUAUAUCGAGGUUCUUUUUCAUAUAUUUUACUGUUAAAAAUCGUUCGAAAAUCGUUCGUUUUACCGAUGACUUCUUUAUAUCGAGGUUCCACUGUAUUACAUACCUUGUAUUUACAGACUCUUUACAGACCAAUCACAAGUAAAACCAAAACAAAUCGUGGUUUCCCAUACGUAUUUUCCCGCGCUUCCAGCGCCGUAUGCAGAAAUUCACCCCGAACCAUCGCCUAGAAUGCUACUGUUUCUCGUAACUGGCACUUAUAGUGCCCAAUUCUCAGUUGUGCACAUUCGUCAGAUCAGAGGUGUGAUUGGCUCUGUAGAUUUUCCACGUGAUCUCUGAUUCGUCAAAUUUUAUAUUAUGUGCUUGUGUUUUGUUUUCGUUUUACAAACGAAACUUGUUUUGUACCCGCUGAUACAAAUAGUUUAAGCUCAGUUAGAAAAUUUUGCACUGGAAAAUCUGGCCAACAGCCUGUUGUAAAAUAUGUCAAUAAAAGAGUGACAGAGCGGUGAAACGCAAAUGACUUGUGUAAGGCAUGUACUUUGUGCAACGUUUAAACGUGUAGUUUUACGCGUUUAUAGGGAUACAGUGCGCAGUUUUACUGAUUUGUAGAUAAGUAUAUCUAGCCGCGUUUUUGAGAAUUUGCAGCUAUUUGAGUGAAAAAGGGCAAAAUGGCAGAUUUUUUGCGUCCAAUAAGCUCGAAAAUAACAAUUUCAAAGGAAAAAGAACUAGAAAAAGCGAGGAUGACGAAAGGAAAAUCAAUGAUUGCACUCUUAGUUUUUAUAUUAGGCACUUUGGAGAUUUUUUU